AUGACUUCUGCAAACACACCGAUUCCAAAUGAUCUCAGUUCGAAACCGAAGAGAGGAAGAGGUAGACCAAGAAAGAACAAAAGUACUGAAACAGAGGCUGUUGCAAACCAGACUGACCCCGAUGUCAUUGGAAUAUCCAAUGAAAUAGCUGAAAUGUUGAAAUCGGUAGAUAUGGGUGCCAUUGACACCAAUUCAUCUCAAUUAGAAGUAGCAGGUAAUGUCGAAAAAGCUGAACCUGCUACAAAUGGUAAAAGAAGACCUAAAAGAGCUGCUUCCAAGAAAGCACAAGAUACGCUAGCUCAAUUGAGUUUGGAUGCCUUGAAUCAUGUGAAUGGUGACAUAGAGGAGCAUGAUGACGCAGAUUUCCAACUGAAUGAAAUGGAACAUGCCGAGGAUGAUCAUGAGGAUGAGUAUGAUGUACACUUAGAAGACAUUGCUCUGGAAUUAACUGAACACCAUGAUGCUACCAGCGACGAUGUUGAGGUUCCUCAAAGACAAGCUAAGAGAAGGGGACCGAAAGGACAAGGAUCUACCAUCAAGAGACGGAAAAAAGCCACAACGAUAUCGCGAUCUCCAUCGACUGCUUCCGUUUCAACUUUAGGAAAGAAAGGUAGAAUUGUCAGAGCUUUGAAAGAUCUUUCCGCAGCAAGAGAUAAGAUUGAAAGAUUAUAUGGAUUAAAUUCAGAUAAAUUAUUGAGGUUAGCCCAAAUUAAACAAGGAUUCCAAGCCUCACUUUUUGAUUUCCCUGCUGAAAAUUUGCAGGAGGACUGUAUAAAUAAUGUCAAGGUCACUUUACCAUGUUGUAAGAAUAUAAAUCUAUCCAAGUUUGAAAAUAUCAAGCACACAACUUACCGAACUAUCAAUGAACUUGAAUUAGGCACCCUAUUCGCCUACAGAGACGAUCCAUUAACCGUGUUGAUAAAUGGAAUGGAGUCAUCUUUGCCAAUUAAGCAAAGAAUGGACAUCCCAGUCUUACCCAAUUAUAAGAGAUUUGGGUUCGUUCACAAUUUAGGUGGGCUGGCCACUGACAUGGCGUGGCACGCAUCAAAUACAGAUGAUAAUAUUCAGUAUUUAGCAAUAGCAUUAUCCCAACACUGUAAAGAACCAUUAGAUCCAAAAUUACAGAUGUUUAAUAAGGAAACACACGUGGCAUGCGUGGAAGUAUACAAAUUUGUCUCCACAACAUUAGAAUUCACGAAGGUAGAAACUAUUGUUCACAAAUUUGGCGAAGUAUGGGAUCUAAAAUGGCAUGAAGGGUAUUCUAACAAGGAAAAGAAAUUUUUGGGGUUAUUAACUUUUGUAUGCCAAGAUGGUUCUGUUAAAUUAAUAGAAGUACCUCUGCCAAAUUCUGAUGACGAUGAUGGAAAUCUUAUAUACUGUGAAGAACCAUCAUUAUCUAUUGAAUUACCAUUUACUUCUAUAACAUGUUUUGACUUUACCUCUUCAGAAACUAUCGUGUGUGGGUUUAAGAAUGGAUUUGUCGCCGAGUUUAAUAUAUUUGACUCGAAGAUACCGUCUUUUUAUGAACGUGUUCAUGAUUCAUACGUCAUAACUAUCAAAACGGCAUUUUCUGAGUUUGAGAACUUGGUUGUCAGCACAAUAUCAGUGGAUGGAUACUUUAAUAUAUUUGAGCCCAAGGAUAUAUUUACUACAAUGACAACAGUAAAUAGAUUCCGUGGUAGUAAUAUAGCCCCCUUAGCGUAUUCUGCACAAUUAUAUUCUCUGAUAUUGACAGAUGGUGCCGAUUCUUUAAGAGCUGUUGUACCAAGAGCUUCUUUUGCCAUGCACCCGGUCUGUUCUCAUGAGAGUACUAUAGGAAGCAUUUCUACCUCUAAAUUACAUCCCAUGGUAUUAAGUGGUGCUGCAGAUGGAUCACUAUUUAUCGACAAUCUUGCGAGAAGACUAUUAACAGGUUCCAAAAGUAUAUCAAAAUCCCUGAAGUCGUUAAGACUUUGGAACUGGGAAUACAGUCCCAAGUUGGAUAAAUAUAGUCUUGACUUCAAUUAUCGUGUCUUCUCUUCCAGUUCUACAGCGCCAAGUAAGGUGCGAAUUGAUGCACCUGGCGUUAAUAUAUCAUGUAUCAAGUGGAAUGAAAGCAGAAGUGCUGGUAAAUUCUAUGCAUUUACAAAUAAUGCCGGUUUAUUAACCAUUGAACAUUUAGGUGAUGAGAAAGUUUAA